AAUGUGUCAAGGUCACUAAUACGUAAAACAUUAGCAACGCCUAACAGUUUUUUCCACACCAAAAAAAUAAGGGCAAUCGCUAUUUUGUUCGUGGAGAGAAACUGAUAUCCUACCUUCUAUUAGGAAAUUUAAACAAUGUCGGAAGAAAAUAAAAAAGAAAUCAGAGUGUGGGUUGAUGGAUGCUUUGACAUGGUACAUUUUGGGCAUGCUAAUGCUAUACGACAGGCGAAACAAAUGGGUGAUAAGCUCAUCGCUGGCGUGCAUUCUGACGCUGAAGUGGAAAUGCACAAAGGUCCACCAGUAUUUAGUGAAGAGGAGAGAUACAGGAUGGUUGCUGGCAUAAAAUGGGUUGACGAGGUUGUUCGAGCAGCUCCUUAUGUAACUACUUUUGAAACUCUCGACAAAUAUAAUUGCGAUUUCUGUGUACACGGAGACGAUGUGACAACUACUGCCGAUGGCGAUGAUACUUACAAGGAAGUUAAAGCGGCCGGCAGAUAUAGAGAGUGUCACCGAACAAGAGGGAUUUCAACAACGGAUUUAGUGGGUAGGAUGUUACUAGCCACUAAACAACAUCACCAGUCUAACUAUAGUGGUGAUGCUCAAGAUGUUCUUAUGGCUGGACAAGCACCAACUUCUCAUAGCCCUUAUACCGGAGCCUCAAAAUAUAUUCCAACUACGAAAAGAAUUGUGCAAUUCUCAUCUGGUAAAGAGCCAAAACAAACUGAUAGGAUAGUAUACUGUGCCGGAGCUUUUGACCUCUUCCACAUUGGACAUUUGGACUUUUUAGAAAAAGUUUCAAAAGAAGGAGAUUAUAUUAUUGUUGGAAUUCAUUCAGAUAAGGUUGUUAACCGAUACAAAGGAUCAAACCUCCCAAUAAUGACCUUACACGAAAGAGUACUCUCGGUUCUUGCUAAUAAGUACGUGUCUGAAGUAGUUAUCGGGGCUCCUUACUCAAUUACCUCCGAAAUGAUGGAACACUUUCGUAUUGACCUUGUCGUUCAUGGAACAACUUCUAUUGAACCAGAUAUCAACAAUAAAGACCCAUAUCUCAUUCCAAAGGAACAGAAUAAAUUCAAAAUAAUUGACAGUGGCAAUACUAUGUCAUCAAGAGAUAUUAUGAGACGCAUAAUUGAAAACAGAUUGAAGUAUGAGCUUAGAAACAAGAAAAAAGAGGCUAAAGAAGUCAACUAUAUCGAAGAGCAUAAUUUAAAAGCAUAA